GAGAGUGAGAUUAAAUUUUUGGGAAAUAAGGAAAAAAAUUAUGAAAGUUCCAAAGAGAGAGAGAGAGAGAGAGAGAGAGUUUCAUUGAGAGGUGAAUUUUGAAGAUUUUGGUCUCUGGUUGUUGAAUUGGGAAUUCCUCUAUAAAGGAAUCAACUUUCUGAGAGGAGCCCCAAUAAGAAGCUCAGAUUUUCAAUGCCCAUUUCCCCAAAUUCGAUUCUAUUCCCAAAUCCCAUCCCCAACCCAUUAAAAAGUUUCAGUUUUUUCAAACCCCAAUUGAUUUCCCUCCUUGAAAAAAAACCCAAUCAAUGAUUACCAAUCCAGAACUCAUCCAAUAUGUUUGUAUUGCCAAAGGAACCACAAUUCUCUCCCAAUUCAUCAGAGAACCCGAUCUCGAACCCGUAGCUCUGAAAUGCAUUGAAAAGACCCCACCUUUGCACUCCAUGUUCACGCAUACCAUUAGAAAAAGGACCUACACGUUCUUAAUCAAAGACCCUUUUGUGUAUUUCGCAAUAUUCGAUGAGAAUAUGGAACAAUCACAGGAAAUUUGGUUCCUAAACCGCAUAAAAUGCGCGUUUGAGGAGGUUAUUGAAGCAGGGACUUUAAAGGGUGUUCAUAUUUUUAGCCCCUAUUGCCUUCAAAAGGAAUGUGAUCCUAUUUUUUUGGAAGCAAUGACAUUGGAUUUGAGGGUGCUGCAUUCUUCAGGUAGUGAAUCUAAGGAUAGUAGGAAUCCGAGCAUGGACUCUACGAAAGGGAUGAAGGUUGUGAUGACACCUUUGCUCGGGUCCAAGCCGUGUAAAGGAUUGCAGAAGAAGAAGAAGAGGCCAGGUAGUGCAAUAGCAAAUGGCGAUAGUAAAAGUGGUACAUUGGAGAAAAAGGUGGAUGUUUUUGAUGAUGUUGAUGGCAGGGAUUUUUCGUCGCCGGGGCAAAAGGUUUUUGCCAAUGAUCGGCAAAAGUCGAAGCAAAUUUGGAGGAAACAUGUGUGGGUGGUGUUGUUGCUGGACUUGUUUGUGUGCUCGGUUUUGUUUGUGAUAUGGUUGUGCAUUUGCAGGGGAUUUAAGUGCGUUGAAAGUUGAGUUGAGGGUGUAUUUUGUUGUGUACCUUGGAAGGGAAGAGGGUAUAUUUGGCGCUAUACUCUGGAGUUGGAUGAGAAUUUUAUGACAAAGACUUACACUUUGUGACUGCUGUACAAUGGGGGCACAUAUGUAAGUCUUGUUGAUUGCUUAUUUUUCUUUGUUUAUCAUGUGAAAUCUCUGUAUGAUUUUCAAGACAAGUAAUAUAGCUUUUGUUAUAUGGUUCACAAUGGCAAUGAUCUUAUGUAAUGUAUUAGAUUUUGUAUACCUAUAGAUACUACUUGUGCUGGCAUUGCCUUUGUUAAAGAUAUGAAGGCGUGUUCUCUCUCAA